AGAAGGUCCAAGCUUUACAAAAAAAUGGAGGCGAUGAGUAAGUGACUGUGGAAACAUACAAUGUUAACAUUCACAUUCCGUAAUAGUCUAUAUUUCUAACUGUGUUCAGUUUUUUUGGGUUGUUGAGAUAUAUGCAAUGUGAAUAUUUACAUUGGUUUGUUAAUAAUGCACAAGCUGCUGGUGUGGAAAGGAGAUUCGAAGGCUACACAUGUGUAUUUUGAUGACAUUGUCAACCUUAUCAAGGAGGAAUCAAUACACAGCAAUCUCAUAGAUGCAUAUGCUGAACUGUUGCAUGAACAACAAGAGGUGGUCAACCCAACUUCCGAUGAAGCCUCAUUGAUCUUCACGAGCAUGUGUUUGAAAGUGAUACGAGAGUACCAUCCUCGCAAAAGGAGUAAACACAUUGACGCACAUGUCAGAAACUACCAAGGAGAGAGAUACCUACUAUUCCCAUUGCAUCAUGAGUACCACUGGACAAUAGCUGUGUAUGAUGCUAAAGAAAAUUUGUGGAAGCAUUACAACUCGUGCCCAAGACCAGGCAUACAUGACCCGCAUAUCGACCAAGCACAGGAAAUUAGGAACUACAUCGAGCAUGUUGUGACCGUUAUUGGCAAGUCAUCACCGCUGCACACUAAGUUAGCAGGCCAAAAUCCAGCACAACCAACCAAAAGUGUUGAUGUCUGUCCUCAACAAGGCGACGACUCGUAA